GGUUCCUCCCCCACAGGCCGCCAUUGUACCCCGUAUUCCCCCGCUGGACAGCGCUCGCCUUUUGUGAACUCGUUGCAUUUCUGCUUCUCAGCAUAGUCUGCAGACUUGUCUAUGCUUCAAAUGUUGGGUGACAUACACAAGACAUUUCUCUUCGGUGCUUAGAACAAAGCAGAGAGAGGAAACCAGAGACGAGUUCCGUUAUCGAAAAUUUCCCUGGUAGUGAAGGGGAAAAUUUUGACGUUUCGUGGGGACGUGUUUGGGUACGAUGGAGGAUUCUCCAACGCCUUCAGUUGGAACGUGUGUAAAGAAGGAAGUGAUAGUAACAAACAUGAAGGCGGAUUAUAUCCCACAUUCGAUUGAAGUGACGCAUUUUGCCACAGCAAGUAUGGAGGGCCAGGGCUUGAGCAUCCCAAGUCUUGAUGAUUCUGAAAAUGUACCAGCAGAGAUGGUUGUGUCUGUGGAAGAGCAAGUUCAUAACUCAAGUGAAACAGAAGAUACAGAGCUAAAACAUCGCCCAGACAAGAAAAGAAAAAUACGAGUUUAUAGCCAGAAGUUUCGCAAGGAUUGGUUACACUUGAGAGAAUUCCAAGGAUGGUUAGCAGAGGGAAGUGCAGUAGAGAGAGCAUACUGCACAGUAUGCAACAAGGAAUUAACAGCAGGAAAGUCAGAAUUGCUGAAGCAUGCAAUGGGAAAGAAACAUAAAAAGAGAAUGGCUGAAGCAGGCUCACACGUCACUGUUUCUUCAGACUUAUCAAGCGUUCUUGAUGAAACUGGAAUUCCACAUGUUUUGCGUAUUGUUGAUAUGCGAAGUGACACAGUCACCCAACCUAGCAGAGAAAUGAAGGAAGCCAUGUUUGAUGCACCAGUUGGUGAUGACGUUUUUUCUGAAGAUUCUACUGUUAAAGCUUUAGAAGAUAAAGUUGCUAAAUUAUUAGAAAAGGAAGCAGCUUUGUAUGUUCCAUCAGGCACUAUGGCAAAUCUUGUGUGUGUCUUAACACACUGUUGGAGCCGGGGUUCAGAGAUUGUUGUUGGGGAUCAGAGUCACCUAAAUCUUUGGGCACAGAGAGGAGUUCCACAGGUAUUUGGAAUGUGCAUACUUUAUUAUCUUUCAUUAUUUUCCAGUGCAGUAGAUGAGGAUGAAGAACACCCAGGUGAAGUCGCCAUGUGA